AUGUUGAAUGAACUUCGAGUGAUGGCUAAGUCAGAUGAUUGUCCAGGUUCCUUGUUAGUUUACCACCCUGCUUUCAUAUACUAUGACCAGUAUGCAGUGAUAGUUUGCAAUACCAUCCAAAAUGUUGUUGUUGCUACCUUAGUCAUGCUUGUAAUUGCUCUCCUAUGGAUCCCCAACCCCAUAUGCUCUCUGUGGGUAACCUUUGCCAUUGCCUCUGUCAUAGUGGGUGUUGCUGGUUUCAUGGCAUUUUGGCAUAUCAAUCUAGACUCUGUAUCCAUGAUCAAUCUUGUAAUCUGCAUUGGUUUCUCAGUGGACUUUUCUGCUCAUAUUUCAUAUGCCUUUGUCUCUAGCGAAGAGCCGACAGCUAACAAGAAAGCAAUUGAUGCCAUCACCAACUUGGGGUAUCCCAUCUUACAGGGAGCUGUGUCUACUAUUUUAGGAGUAGUGGUGCUGUCUGCUGCUGAGAGCUACAUCUUCAGAACCUUCUUUAAGAUCAUGUUCCUGGUGAUUUUGUUUGGGGUACUUCAUGGCAUCGUUUUCAUCCCUGUGUUUCUGACCUUCUUUGGCAUAUGCAAUAUUAAUUGACCAAGAUUCACACACAACACACUAAUCAUGGUUGAAAGGGUUGGUAGAAUAGUAGUUAAAUUGUUUUAAUGAACUGACUUGUUAGCUUACUUAUAAUCUUGCGAUUAUGUCAUACUUUGCUUUUAUGGUAUCAAAAUAUGUAUUUUUAUGAGUCAUCUUUUGUUUUUAUUUAAUCAUUUUAGAAAUAGUUUGUAAUGUAAAUGCUGUGUUGAUUGUUACUACAGUGUGCUUAUAUUUACCUUUGUUGUAAUUGUGUUUUAAAAAGCUAAUAAAAUGAUCUCAAAUUAUAUAUUGUCUUUUACAUAUUUAUUCAAACAACAGAUGCUCUCGGUUGUCAUUAUGACCACAUCAAUAAUGGGAAGUAUUAUUAUGGUUAGUAACAGUGCUGAGUUUGCAUACUAAACUUAUGAUGUAAUCUAUUUAACUGUUCGCCUAUUCUAGAGAUACACCCUCUUCAGAAACAUUUCAAAUGAACCUGUUCGUCAGUGUUCAUCACCCCAAAUAUCCAUCAUUGCAUGGCAAUAAUCAGUUAGCUUCCUUCAUCUUCAGAAUAUUUUGUAUAACUUAACUAUUAUAAGGAAACCAGAGCAGUACCUACCAUAGCUAUAAUAAGGAAACUGGAUACGUAACCCGCAUUUGUUAAUAUGUAACCAUAUUUAUUGCUCUGACACAGUCAUCGUGGUUGUUAUAGGAUCACAGAGACAUGUCCAGGGCUGUCAGAGCUAUUGAUUAGAACUCUUCAGAGGAACGUUAUCGUGUUGCUAUGUUCAGAUGAAGUAUAGUUUAUGGCUGUGAUGUCAACAGAGAUGCAUUACAUUUACAUUUACGUCAUUUAGCAGACACUCUUAUCCAGAGCGACUUACAGUUAGUGAAUACAUAUUUUUUUUAUACUGGCCCCCCGUGGGAAUCGAACCCACAACCCUGGCGUUGCAAACGCCAUGCUCUAUCAACUGAGCUACAUCCCUGCCGGCCAUUCCCUCCCCUACCCUGGACGACGCUGGGCCAAUUGUGCGCCGCCCAUGAGUCUCCCGGUCGCGGCCGGCUGCGACAGAGCCUGGAUUCGAACCAGGAUCUCUAGUAGCACAGUAGCACAGUUAGCACUGCGAUGCAGUGCCUUAGACCACUGCGCCACUCAGGAGAUGCAGAUAUAAUUCAAGGCAAGUUUUUUUUUCUAAUAGUACAACUUGAAAAAGAGAAUAGAAAAUGGCUAGGUGCAAAACAGAUUGCGUAGAGAAGCCUAUAGCUAGGGGAUUUGAAAUACUUGGGGGCUUUGUUGGUAGACACCCCUGGUGGUUUUUGAUUCUUCCCAUGUUCAUCUCUGCGGGUCUUGUGGGAGGAUUUUACUUCCUUGCGGACAGAGAAGCAAACGGCAUUGAAGAGAUGUUUACUCCUAUGAAUGGACCUGCCAAAGAGGAACGACAAGUAGUCAAAGAAUACUUUCCACAGAAUGAUGGCGACUUCUCUCGUUUGCGACUCUAUACUGAAGGGACCUUUGCAUCUCUCAUAAUUGUUAAGCCUGGAGCAAAUAUCCUCACAAUUACUGCUUAUACAGAAAUAUUGGAAAUGGAUAGAAAUGUAAAAAGUAUGACAAUUGGUGCAUUAGCAUUUGAAGACCUAUGUGUUAAGAAAGGUGGUGUGUGUGUGUCAAAUUCAAUCAUUGAUAUUAUUAAAACCAACACAACAACGAUUAAUUAUCCAUAUCAUGGCAAAAUUUUCAUUGCAUCUGAAAUUGGUGGUGUGAAACUGAAAAGUGGAUUAACUGAAAUUGAUAGCGCAGAGGCAAUUAGACUAUUUUACUUCUUAAAAGAAGACAACCAGACUAUAAAUACCAUGUGGCUACAGAAGUUUAUAGAGACUGCUUCCAAGAUGAAAAAAGAAGGCGUGAGUACUCCGUUUUAGAGAUGAAACACUUCUCAUUAAGCUCCAUAGAAACCAUGUAGUGUCAUGAUAAUUUGAUUAUUCUACUAUCUUGAGUUGUUUUACUAAUAUGUUAACUGGAUAUCUUAUGUUUUUAUAUUCUUAUUUGUCUUUGCAGAUGACAAUAUCUUACUUUACCUCAAUAUCAAGGGAUGACGAGUUUGAGAAGAGUUCUGACUCAAUCAUACCUCUCUUCUCAUUGACAUAUGCCCUGGCCAUCAAUUUUUCAAUCAUAUCUUGUUUGAGGUAUGUUUUGUAAUUUUUACAUUUCAAUACCAUUCAACAUUAUCAAUCAACAUUGGACACCUCAAUUGAAAAAUCUGUUUAACAGUGUUCAUUAGGCCUAUCUGAAGCCAGAUUUGGGUCCCAAAUCAGGCGAAUCCACAAUGUGACUGCAUUACUGUUUUUAAGGCAUAUCAGAGAACUCUAUGCCUACUUAUCAGCAUUUACCUACAUGGACGAAUGUUGUGUUUUUGUGUUUUUCUUCCCUAGGUUGGACUGUGUGAGGAACAAGGUGUGGGUGGCAACCUUUGGUGUUCUCUCAUCUGGUAUGGCAGUGCUGUCCAGUUUUGGGUUGUUGCUGUACUGUGGGAUGCCCUUCGCUAUGACUGUGGCAACAGCUCCAUUCCUGAUUCUGGGUAAGCUUACAAAUUGUUAUACAAUAAACCCAGUGCUUAAUUUGAGCCGGAUCCUGCCGGAACAGGAUCCGGUGUGGUGAAACUGAGGAUUUGUCGCCACAAAUGGUUUGUUUACAUAGCAGGUUAGGAAAACUAAUGUAGCAGGUAAGGAUAAUUAACGUGGCAGGUUAGGUGAAUUAACAUGGUAGGUUAGGAGAACUAACGCAGCAAGUUAGGUGAAUUAACGUAGCAGGUUAGGAGAAUUAGGUUAAGGUUAGGAAAAAGGUUAGGCUUAGCUAGAAUGCUACAGUUGUCAACGAUGCGACCACUAGACAGAGCUGUAAGUCUACUCCAUCUAGCCACAAUGGUAGAAAUGUAAACAAACCAUCUGUGGUACAAAUCAUCUAUCAUAACAUCGGCUCGGGCUUAUGGUUUGCGCAACAUCGUAGCUCCAGAACCUCUGGCUGAAACUAGCCAGCUAGCCAGCUAACUAGCUACUUGCUAUUAGCCACCGUUAGCGGUCUUCACCAUUGUCCGUGGCAGUGGCCUGCACUACCUACCAGCCAGCUCUAGCCUGGACAAUUAUCUGCCAGUCUGCACAUCGCACUAUCGAGCCAGAGCAUAUCGGAUUUUCUGCCGGAAUCACUGAAUCACUGGACCUUAACACCGGAUCAUCGCAACUAGCUAGCUGCAACCAAAUGGCUGUUGUCGUUGUUGGCUAAUCACCACUGUCCUGAAGCUAACCCCAGUUAGCCUUGAGCUAGCCUCGAGCCAGGCCCAUCUCCCGGCUAUCUACCUCUCUGUCAACUGGACGGGACCUCCUAGUGUUGACACGGAGCCCCGCCGAUCCAUCACGACUGGUCUGCCGACGUAAUCGUCUGAUGUAGUUUCAACAGGCUUCCCGUUGCGACGACCACGAAGAUCCAUCUGCUAGCCCCGGCCCGCUAGCACACGCAAUCAACAGCCGUGCCUCCAGCUCGCCUGUAGCGUAGCAGCCACUGAACUGCUCCCGGACUUACUUAUUGCUGUUCACUGGACCUUAUGAUCACUCAGCUACACAGCUGAUGCCUGCUGGACUGUUCCUUUAUACGGUACCCCAUCCUGUUUAUCUGUUUAGCCUCAGCUCAAACUUUCGUCGCCAUUACCAGCUGUUGUCUUAGCUCUCUCGAAUAACACCUGUGACUGCUUUAUGCCUCUCUCCCAUGUCAAUAUGCCUUGCUUAUUGCUGUUUCGGUUAGUUCUAACUGUACUUUUUCAAUGUAGAGCCCCCAGUCCUGCUCAACCUGUCUCAGAUAGCUCCUUUGUCCCACCCCCCACACACGCAGAGACCGGCUCACUCGGUGCCUCCAGUGAUGCUAUCUCUUUCAUCUUUACCCUACGCUUAGGUUUACCUCCACUGUACUCAUAUCCUUCCAUAUCCUUGUCUGUACAUAAUGCCCUGAAUCUAUUCUAGAUAGAACUGCCAAAGGGGGCAGAGUUGCAAUCUACAGUAGAGAUAGCCUGCAGAGCUCUAUCAUACUAUCCAGGUCUGUGCCCAGACAGUUUGAGCUUCUACUUCUAAAAAUCCACCUUUCCAGAAAUAAGUCUCUCACUGUUGCUGCUUGCUACAGACCCCCUUCAGCCCCCAGCUGUGCCCUGAACACCAUAUGUGAAUUGAUUGCCCCCCAUCUAUCCUCAGAGUUCGUAUUGCUUGGUGACCUAAACUGGGAUAUGCUUAACACCCCGGCCGUCCUACAAUCUAAACUAGAUGCCCUCAAUCUCACACAAAUUACAGUAUCAAGGAACCUACCAGGUACAACCCUAAAUCCGUUAACAUGGGCACCCUUAUAGAUAUCAUCCUGACUAAUCUACCCUCUAUAUACACCGCCGCUGUCUUCAACCAGGAUCUCAGCGAUCACUGCCUCAUUGCCUGCGUCCGUAAUGGGUCCGCGGUCAAACGACCACCCCUCAUCACUGUCAAACGCUCCCUAAAACACUUCAGCAAGCAGGCCUUUCUAAUUGACCUGGCCCGGGUAUCCUGGAUGGAUAUUGACCUCAUUCCGUCAGUAGAGGAUGCCUGGUUGUUCUUUAAAAGUGCUUUCCUCUCCAUCUUAAAUAAGCAUGCCCCAUUCAAAAAAUUCUGAACUUAGAACAGAUAUAGCCCCUGGUUCACCCCAGACUUGACUGCCCUUGACCAGCACAAAAGCAUCCUGUGGCAUACUGCAUUAGCAUCGAACAGCCCCUGCGAUAUGCAACUUUUCAGGGAAGUCAGGAACCAAUAUACACAAUCAGUUAGGAAAGCAAAGGCUAACUUUUUCAAACAGAAAUUUGCAUCCUGUAGCACUAACUCCAAAAAGUUUUGGGACACUGUAAAGUCCAUGGAUAAUAAGAGCACCUCCUCCCAGCUGCCCACUGCACUGAGGCUAGGAAACACUGUCACUACCGAUAAAUGUACGAUAAUCAAACAUUUCAACAAGCAUUUUGCUACGGCUGGCCAUGCUUUCCACCUGGCUAACCCUAACCCGGCCACCAGCUCUGCACCCUCCGCUGCAACUUGCCCAUGCCCCCACCUGCAUCUCCUUCACCCAAAUUCAGAUAGCUGAUGUCCUGAAAGAGCUGCAAAAUCUGGACACCUACAAAUCAGCUGGGCUAGAAAAUCUGGACCAUUUCUUUCUAAAAUUAGCUGCCGAAAUUGUCGCAACCCCUAUUACCAUUUACAUUACAUUUUUUUACAUUUUAGUCAUUUACCAGCCUGUUGAACCUCUCUUUCGUAUCGUCCGAGAUCCCCAGAGAUUGGAAAUCUGCCGCAGUCAUCCCCCUCUUCAAAGGGGGUGACACUCUAGAUCCAAACUGUUACAGACCUAUAUCCAUCCUGCCCUGCCUUUCGAAAGUAUUUGAAAGCCAAGUUAACAAACAGAUCAACGACCAUUUCGAAUCCCACCGUACAGUACUGUGCAGCCGUCUUCAUUGACCUGGCCAAGGCUUUUGACUCUGUCAAUCACAGCAUUCUUAUUGGCAGACUAAAUAGCCUUGGUUUCUCAAAUGACUGCCUCGCCUGGUUCACCAACUACUUCUCAGAUAGAGUUCAAUGUGUCAAAUCGGAGGGCCUGUUGUCUGGACCUCUGGCAGUCUCUAUGGGGGUGCCACAGGGUUAAAUUCUCGGGCCGACUCUAUUCUCUGUGUAUAUCAAUGAUGUCGCUCUUGCUGCUGGUGAUUCUCAGAUCCACCUCUACGCAGACGACACCAUUUUGUAUACAUCUGGCCCUUCAUUGGACACUGUGUUAACAAACCUCCAAAUGAGCUUUAAUGCCAUACAACACUCCUUCCGUGGCCUCCAACUGCUCUUAAACGCUAGUAAAACUAAAUGCAUGCUCUUCAAUCGAAUGCUGCUUACACCCGCCUGCCGACUAGAAUCAUUACUCUCGGCGGGUCUGACUUAGAAUAUGUGGACAACUACAAAUACCUAGGUGUCUGGUUAGACCGUAAACUCUCCUUCCAGACUCACAUUAAGCAUCUCCAAUCAAAAGUUACAUCUAUAAUCAGCUUCCUAUUUCGCAACAAAGCCUCCUUCACUCAUGCUGCUAAAUAUGCCCUCAUAAAACGGACUCUCCUACCGAUCCUUGACUUCGGCGAUGUCAUUUACAAAAUAGCUUCCAACACUCUACUCAGCAAAUUGGAUGUAGUCUAUCACAGUGCCAUCCGUUUUGUCACCAAAGCCCCAUAUACUACCCACCAUUGUGACCUGUACCCUCUCGUUGGCUGGCCCUCACUACAUAUUCGUUGCCAAACCCACUGGCUCCAGGUCAUCUAUAAAUCACUUCUAGGCAAAUCCCCGCCUUAUCUUAGCUCAUUGGUCACCAUAGCAACACCCACCCGUAGUAUGCGUUCCAGCAGGUAUAUCUCACUGGUCAUCUCCAAAGCCAACACCUCCUUUGGUCGCCAUUCCUUCCAGUUCUCUGCUGCAAAUUACUGGAACGAACUGCAAAAAUCUCUGAAGCUGGAGAGACUUAUCUCCCUCACUAUCUUUAAGCAUCAGUUGUCAGAGCAGCUUACCGAUCACUGCACCUGUACACAGCCCAUCUGUAAUUAGCCCACCCAACUACCUCAUCCCCAUAUUGUUAUUUACAUUGUUAUUUAUUUUGCUCAUUUGCACCCUAGUAUCUCUAUUUGCACAUCAUCUUCUGCACAUCUAUCACUCCAGUAAUAAUACUAAAUUAUAAUUGUAAUUAUUUUGCACUAUGGCCUAUUUAUUGCCUUACCUCCAUAACUUACUACAUUUGCACACACUGUAUAUAGAUUUUCUAUUGUGUUAUUGACUGUACGUUUUGUUUAUUCCAUAUGUAACUAAAGCAAAUGGCUCCUGCUGAAAAGAGAAGAGUCCAAUCUGUCUGUAGGCUACCAAAAUAUUAUAGCAACUUCCAAAUAGGCCUAUUGAUCGAACAGUAGCCUAGGUACAAAGUAAAACAAGAGGGAGAUCCCACUGGGCACACACUGGUUGAAUCAACGUUGCUUCAACAGGAUUUGUCAACAUAUUGUGACGUGGAAUCAACGUGGAAAAUUCAUUGGAUUUGAAAAAAGCCAUCAACCAGUACUGUUUUUGUCUCAUUUCAACCAGCAUUGUAAAGAUUGAAAUAAGGGUAAAACAUCAACUUAAAUACAUUGACCAACCUUACUAACAGGUUGUUACAUCAAUCUAAUUUCAACAUAAUCAUCAGAACUAUGAGUACGUUGAAAUUGUGUUGAAAAUUCCACAAACUUUUUCAUCCUGUAUAUUGGGGUGGUUGAAAUUAUAUAUAAUGUUUGAUUUGAUUAGACACAUUUUAUUUGAAUCAACGUCAUUGUUUCAAUGUCAUGCUAUCAACCUAAAUAAUUAGGUAUAUUGAAAUGAAAUGUGAAGCCACAAUCCAAUGAUUUCUGCCUGAACAUUGACUCCUACUGGUAUAGUGGUUAGAGUGUUGGGCCAGUAACCAAAAGUUUAGAAUCCCUGAGCUGACAAUACUUUUAUCUUGGAUAUUGUCUUGUAUAUGAAGGAUGGUUGGUUGAUUUCACAUUUAAUCUAGAAGUUAUUCACAUCUCCAUCCCAACCAAAAAUCUAAGUUGAAGAAUAGUACUAAAUUAAAUAACAUUUUGGGUUGACAUGGAGACGUGAAUCCAACAUAUUAAUCUGAAAAACUGGAUAUUGAAUUGUGAACGCAACCAAAUAUCAACAUUUGAAAGAGAUGUAUCUUCUGUUUGGAUAGUGUACUGUAUAUUAUGAAUAACAUAUAUAAAAGACAAUAUACAGAGGUACAAGUUUAUUACUAUUUAUACAGUGAGGGAAAAAAGUAUUUGAUCCCCUGCUGAUUUUGUACGUUUGCCCACUGACAAAGAAAUUAUCAGUCUAUAAUUUUAAUGGUAGGUUUAUUUGAACAGUGAGAAACAGAAUAACAACAAAAAAUCCAGAAAAACAUUUUCUCAAAAAAGAACGUUUUUUUUAUCAAUUAGUAUAUUUGAGUUUAACCACAAUAUUUGUUGCAAUAUUUGUUCUGUCAUUUCUGUAGGAUUAAAUUGAAAUUGCAACCAAAUUUCAAUGGCUUGUUUUAGAAAUAGUGAUAUUUGGGAGAUGAUUUCCUUUUCAAAUACCUGAAAGUGAGGGGUUGUAAUCUGAAUAAAGGGAAAAAGUCCCUUCUUGAACAUUGGGUGAGACAAUCUUACUAGUUUGCUAGAGAACCAGUUCGGAUUUAAGUAUAAUUUUUGUAUGACUGAAGCUUUUAGUGAUAGGUCUAAUGCUUUCAUAUUUAAUAAUUUCUGUCCUCCUAAUUCAUAUUCAUUAUAUAAAUAGGCCCGUUUAAUUUUGUCUGGCUUGCCGUUCCAAAUAAAAUUGAAUAUUUUUUUCUCAUAUAAUUUAAAAAACAGUUCGCUAGGCAUAGGCAAGACCAUAAGCAAAUAGGUAAACUGGGACAACACCAAAGAGUUAAUCAGGUUGAUUUUUCCACAAAUUGACAGGUAUUUACCUUUCCAUGGUAGCAAGAUUUUAUCUAUUUUUGCUAACUUUCUAUUACAUUUUUUUGGAGUGAGAUCAUUUAUUUCAUUUGGGAUAUGUAUUCCGAGUAUAUCCACAUCACCAUCAGACCAUUUUAUUGGUAAACUACAUGGUAAUGUACAUUUUUUAUUUUUUAGUGAUCCAAUACGUAAUAUAGUACAUUUAUCAUAAUUUGGUUGUAAUCCAGAGAGGUUAGAAAAUGUAUCUAGAUCCUCUAUGAGGCUUUUGGUACUUAAGCAUAUCUAAAACCAAAUACUUUUAGACUUUUACUUAAGUAGUAUUUUACUGGGUGACUUUCACUUUUACUUGAGUCAUUUUCUAUUAAGGUAUCUUUAUUUUUACUCAAGUAUGACAAUUGGGCACUUUUUCCACCACUGGAUGUGUGAAACUUCUGUAAGCGCCUCUACUCUACUGCUCUAUAUGAAAAUGCGAUGAUAUCCAUGCAAUGCUUUAUUAUACAACAAAUUUAUAAUUAUGCGUUCCGGUCCCUCACUAUUUGUUCCGGCACCUCCCGAUUGACCUGUACUCUGAUGUGAUCACAGGAAUGAACACAGGUAUAAACUAGGUCUGACAUUUUAUAAAAGAGUGCAUUUUCUCCACAGGAAUUGGUGUUGACGACAUGUUCAUCAUGAUUUCCUGCUGGCAGCAGACUCAGGUUCAUGACAACGUAGAGGACCGUAUGGCAGCUACAUACAAAGAUGCAGCUGUCUCGAUCACCAUCACAACACUAACUGAUGCCCUGGCCUUCUAUAUUGGUCUGUUAACUCCCUUUGGUUCCGUACAAUCCUUUUGUAUGUAUACUGGCACAGCUGUCCUGUUCUGCUACUUGUACAAUAUUACCUUCUUUGGUGCAUUUCUGGCACUGAAUGGAAGACGUGAAAAGGGCAACAGACACUGGCUGACAUGCAUGAAGGUUCCAGAACCAGAGGAGAACACUAAAAAGUACAACCUUUGUAGUAUAGGGGGAGCUUAUGAUCAUAAAACGGGAAAAGAGGAACCUAUGCCCAUUAACAACUUCUUUAAGAUGUACUAUGGGCCAUUUCUAACAAAUACUUGGACCAAGGUGUUUGUGAUCCUGCUCUAUGCUGGAUAUUUGGGCUCAAGUAUCUAUGGUUGCUUCCAAAUCCAAGAAGGUAUAGACCUUAAAAACCUAGCAGUUGAUAGCUCAUAUGUAGGUAGCUAUUACGAUAAUGAGGAUCAAUACUUUUCAGAGUAUGGUCCAAAUGUUAUGGUUAUUGUGACUGACAGCGAGUUUCAAUAUUGGGACGAAACUGCUCGAAAGAGUCUUGAUACUUGUCUCAGAAGUUUUGAGAGUCUAACAUUGGCUGGUCAAUCAUUGGUUGCUAAAGAUAUGACCCUUUCUUGGCUUAAUGAAUAUGUAAAAGCGGGUGUAGUUUCAAAUCCAAAUAACGAAACCAUUUUCAUGGAUAGUUUACCUACAUUUUUACAACAAUCAGGUUUCACACAAGAUGUGAAUAUUUCAAACAAAGUCAUAAUUGCCUCACGUUUGUUUAUUCAGACAAUCAACGUCAGUACAGCUGUUGAUGAAAAGAACAUGUUGAAUAAGCUUCGAGAGACAGCUAAUGGUUGUCCAGGAAAGUUGGUUGUUUACCACCCUGCUUUCAUAUACUUUGACCAGUAUGCAGUCAUUGUUAGUAAUACCAUCCAAAACAUUGUAGUUGCCACUCUUGCUAUGCUGGUGAUCUCCCUCAUGUUGAUCCCCAACCCCAUAUGUUCUCUGUGGGUGACCUUUGCCAUUGCCUCUGUCAUAGUGGGUGUUGCUGGUUUCAUGGCAUUAUGGGAUGUCAAUCUAGACUCUGUAUCCAUGAUCAAUCUUGUCAUAUGCAUUGGUUUCUCAGUGGAUUUUUCUGCUCACAUUUCCUAUGCUUUUGUCUCUAGCAAAGAGCCGACAGCUAAUAAAAAGGCUGUAGAUGCUGUCUAUCACUUGGGGUAUCCCAUCUUACAGGGAGCUGUGUCUACUAUUUUAGGAGUGGUGGUGCUGUCUGCUGCUAAGAGCUACAUCUUUAGAACCUUCUUUAAGAUCAUGUUAUUGGUCAUUUUGUUUGGGGCAGUCCAUGGUAUAGUGUUUAUCCCAGUGUUUCUGACCUUCUUUGGAAUCUGCAGAGGCAAAGUCAGUGAUAAAAAAGAUGUAGAUGGUAGGUCUAACACCUUGUCUCAAAGAGGUCACAUGUGGGUCACCCAAACCACAGGGGAUUUCAACAUGAAGAAUGUGCAUGAAUUAAGGGCUGUAGCAGCUAAUUCAAAUGUAUGUUCAAUCAGUUCUAACCAACGCUCACAUUAUUCUUCACAUCGUGCUAACGGGAAAACUAAUAGUGCUUAUGAAAACAUUGAAGACUGCCCCUAA